GAAGCAGCAAGUGUGAUAUCGCCGCGCGCUCAAAGUCUUGACGACGCUUACAGCCAGCGCAGUUUCUGUCGACCGCUGGUCAUCUUUCUGCGCGACGUGAAGGCUGACGGGAGACAUGAAGCUUGAGAACAGAUGGCUUCUUUCGGCGAAUCACAACGCUUGCAUGACUUUGGUCUGCACUGGCAGUCUUCGCACUGCCAAUGGCGCCUGUCCAAUCUGAACACUCGGCUGAUGAUUGGGCGCGACGCCCCCAUUCUGAAUGGCUCAUAUCGAGGGUGUAGGACAAGGUAGUCAUCAGUGAGACCUGUAGGCUGUAGGCUGUGGCCUCCAAUCACUUGUCCGCGACGUGCGCCCACAUGUCCACCAGAGUCACCGACCUGUAUCGAGCCUUCCGUCCUUCAGGCUCGCGCAGUUCCAGUGGAACGGUAAGUGAUCGGUGCUACAUUGUGCAUCGUUAUAAAAAGCUGGGGAACUGUGGUCGCCCACAGUCUUUUAUUUCAUUCUCUUCGUUCACAUUCAUUGGUCGACCUUCCAUUUACAUUCUCAAGCAAACCAUGUUCGCCAAGCUGAUCAUCGCUGUUGCCCUUGCCACCGGGGUCGUGUCUGGCCCACUGUCCGUCCGCUCCAAGGCCGCCCGUGACGACUCGGCCGGCCCGUCAUCUUCUGAUUCAUACAACUCCUCGUACAGCGCUCCAUCGACGAGCUACGCCCCUUCGUACGGGUCUACAUCGUACAGCGGGUCCUCAAGCACGGAUUCUUCCUACAGCGGGUCCUCUUACAACGGCGCUUCUUACAGCGGCUCGUCAUACGGCUCGGUGUACAGUCCGCCUUCGUAUGGACAGUCUGGGUACGAUAUGUCAUUUGACAACUGGGGCGGCUACAAGUCCAUGGACGGCUUCGACAACUUCUACGGAUCCAAGGACUUUUCGCACCAAUACUACACCCCGACAUACGCCAAGUACGACGACAGCAGCUACACGUGCUCCUCCCAAUCCGUGCACAUCGUCCAGCAGCGUCUCGCCGUGCUCCAGGAAAUGGCCAAACAGAUCAUCUCAGAGCAAAUCUGCGACUGCGAGACCCAGAUAAUCGUCUUCCAGCAAUACUACGCGUCGCUCGGCGGCUACGCCCACGACAUCACGCGCAGAUCCGGCCGUCACGUCGGCUACGAUAAGCAGAUCGUCUCGCACUACGGGAGCAUGUACGAUUCGGACGGGUCGCUCAGCACCUCCGACUUUGGCUUCAACGGCUCGGAUGUCGGCAGCUGCUACUGGGUCCCGAGCGGCAGCAACUGGAACGACAACACCUCGUACAGCUCUGUCGGGUCCGCCUACCAGGUGUCUCAGGUCGCCACGUACUAUUGAUCAGCGACAUUACCAUAUUUGGGCCGCCUCUGUUCUCACGUGAUCGUUCAUCCUUAAUUUUCACCUUGGGCUCGAGAGAAUUCUAUUAUCUUGAUUAUCAUAUCCUCUAAUUAUUUCACAAUAAAUGCUUUGCACACCGUA